GAGAGCCCCCUCCCACUGUCCCCUCCCCUCGGCCCCCCUCCCCACUUCCUAAGGAAAAGGCCGGGGCUCUGCUGGAGGGAGCCACAGAGUUGAGGCGCGCUGACAUGGGCAACUUGAAGAGUGUGGGCCAGGAGCCCGGGCCACCCUGUGGCCUGGGGCUGGGGCUGGGCCUCGGGCUGUGCGGCAAGCAGGGCCCAGCCUCCCCAGCACCAGAGCCCAGCCGGGCGCCCGCAUCCCCACCCCCAACCCCUCCAGCGCCAGACCACAGCCCCAAACCUAGCUCCAACAGUCCUCCGCUAACUCGGCCCCCGGAGGGGCCGAAGUUCCCUCGAGUGAAGAACUGGGAGGUGGGCAGCAUCACCUACGACACCCUCAGUGCCCAGGCACAGCAGGACGGGCCUUGCACCCAAAGACGCUGCCUGGGCUCCCUUGUGUUUCCCCGGAAACUGCAGAGCCGGCCCACCCAGGGCGCUCCACCCCCUGAACAGCUGCUGGUUCAGGCCAGGGACUUCAUCAACCAGUACUACAGCUCCAUCAAGAGGAGCGGCUCCCAGGCCCAUGAGCAACGGCUUCAGGAAGUGGAGGCCGAGGUGGCAGCCACAGGCACCUACCAGCUUCGGGAAAAUGAACUGGUCUUUGGGGCCAAGCAGGCCUGGCGCAACGCUCCCCGCUGUGUGGGCCGGAUCCAGUGGGGGAAGCUGCAGGUCUUCGAUGCCCGGGACUGCAGGUCUGCACAGGAAAUGUUCACCUACAUCUGCAACCACAUCAAGUAUGCCACCAACCGGGGCAACCUUCGUUCAGCCAUCACAGUGUUCCCCCAGCGCGGCCCGGGCCGCGGAGACUUCCGGAUCUGGAACAGCCAGCUGGUGCGCUAUGCGGGCUACAGACAGCAGGACGGCUCUGUGCGGGGGGACCCAGCCAACGUGGAGAUCACCGAGCUCUGCAUCCAGCACGGCUGGACCCCAGGAAACGGGCGCUUCGAUGUGCUGCCCCUGCUGCUUCAGGUCCCGGACGAGCCCCCAGAACUCUUCACUCUGCCCCCUGAGUUGGUCCUGGAGGUGUCCCUGGAGCACCCCACGCUGGAGUGGUUCGCGGCCCUGGGUCUUCGCUGGUAUGCCCUCCCGGCAGUGUCCAACAUGCUGCUGGAAAUCGGGGGGCUAGAGUUCCCUGCAGCCCCUUUCAGCGGCUGGUACAUGAGCACGGAGAUCGGCACACGGAACCUGUGUGACCCUCACCGCUACAACAUCCUGGAGGAUGUGGCCGUCUGCAUGGACUUGGAUACCCGGACAACGUCAUCCCUGUGGAAAGACAAGGCGGCGGUGGAGAUUAACUUGGCUGUGCUGCACAGUUACCAGCUCGCCAAAGUGACCAUUGUGGAUCACCACGCUGCCACAGCGUCCUUCAUGAAGCACCUGGAGAAUGAGCAGAAGGCCAGAGGGGGCUGCCCUGCUGACUGGGCCUGGAUCGUGCCCCCCAUCUCGGGCAGCCUCACUCCUGUCUUCCAUCAAGAGAUGGUCAACUAUUUCCUGUCCCCUGCCUUCCGCUACCAGCCAGACCCCUGGAAGGGGAGUGGAGCCAAGGGCACUGGCAUCACCAGGAAGAAGACCUUUAAGGAAGUGGCCAAUGCAGUGAAGAUCUCUGCCUCACUCAUGGGCACAGUGAUGGCAAAGAGAGUGAAGGCCACAAUCCUGUACGGCUCCGAGACUGGCCGGGCCCAGAGCUACGCGCAGCAGCUGGGGAGGCUCUUCCGGAAGGCGUUCGACCCCCGGGUUCUGUGCAUGGACGAGUAUGAUGUGGUGUCCCUCGAACACGAGACGCUGGUGUUGGUGGUGACCAGCACAUUUGGGAAUGGAGAUCCACCAGAGAACGGAGAGAGUUUUGCAGCAGCCCUGAUGGAGAUGUCCGGCCCCUACAACAGCUCUCCGCGGCCAGAGCAGCACAAGAGUUACAAAAUCCGCUUCAACAGCGUCUCCUGCUCAGACCCGCUGGUGUCUUCUUGGCGGCGGAAGAGGAAGGAGUCCAGUAACACAGACAGUGCAGGGGCUCUAGGCACCCUCAGGUUCUGUGUGUUCGGCCUGGGCUCCCGGGCAUACCCCCACUUCUGUGCCUUUGCUCGUGCGGUGGACACGCGGCUGGAAGAGCUGGGCGGGGAGCGGCUGCUGCAGCUGGGCCAGGGCGAUGAGCUAUGCGGCCAGGAGGAGGCCUUCCGCGGCUGGGCCCAGGCUGCCUUCCAGGCCUCCUGUGAGACUUUCUGCGUGGGAGAGGAUGCCAAGGCUGCUGCCCGGGACAUAUUUAGCCCCAAACGGAGCUGGAAGCGCCAGAGGUACCGGCUGAGUACCCAGACCGAGGGCCUACAGUUGCUGCCAGGUCUGAUCCACGUGCACAGGCGGAAGAUGUUCCAGGCCACAAUCCUCUCAGUAGAAAACCUGCAAAGCAGCAAAUCCACCCGGGCCACAAUCCUGGUGCGUCUGGAUACUGGUGGCCAGGAAGGGCUACAGUACCAGCCAGGGGACCACAUAGGAGUCUGCCCACCCAACCGGCCUGGCCUCGUGGAGGCGCUGCUGAGCCGUGUGGAGGACCCGCCGCCACCCACGGAGCCUGUGGCAGUGGAGCAGCUGGAGAAAGGCAGCCCUGGUGGCCCUCCCCCCAGCUGGGUGCGGGACCCCCGGCUGCCCCCGUGCACGCUGCGCCAGGCUCUCACCUUCUUCCUGGACAUCACCUCCCCACCCAGUCCUCGACUCCUUCGACUGCUCAGCACCCUGGCUGAAGAGCCCAGCGAACAGCAGGAGUUGGAGGCCCUCAGCCAGGACCCCCGGCGCUACGAGGAGUGGAAGUGGUUCCGCUGCCCCACGCUGCUGGAGGUGCUGGAGCAAUUCCCGUCCGUGGCACUGCCUGCUCCCCUGCUCCUCACCCAGCUGCCCCUGCUGCAGCCCCGGUACUACUCAGUCAGCUCGGCACCCAGCAUCUACCCAGGAGAGAUCCACCUGACUGUCGCUGUGCUGGCCUACAGGACCCAGGAUGGGCUGGGCCCCCUGCACUAUGGAGUCUGCUCCACGUGGCUGAGCCAACUCAAGGCUGGAGACCCCGUGCCCUGCUUCAUCAGGGGGGCUCCCUCCUUCCGGCUGCCACCUGAUCCCAGCUUGCCCUGCAUCCUGGUGGGCCCCGGCACCGGCAUCGCCCCCUUCCGGGGGUUCUGGCAGCAGCGCCUGCAUGACAUUGAGAGCAAAGGUGAGGCUGGGGGCGUGUGGUGGGAGGGAGUCACACCAUCUAGGGACAAAGGCAGGUGGGGAAGAGGCCAAGGAAGCCACAAAGGUGAAGAGAAGCUCAUUAGCACAAAGGGGUACCUGGGGGGCCAGGGCUGGGCCCUGUUUGGCUUCCUGGUGCCUGAUGGAGGUUGGGACGUGACACAGGGUGCUAAUGAGAAGCCCUACAGGCGAGGGACAAGGAACCAGGGAAGCCGCAGGGCCUCUGUGGAAGCGUCCUGCACGCUCCUGGAGGCCCAACAGCCCAAACAGCGGAUGCUUCAACUCAAAAGGUCAACCCGGGCAUUGGGUGGCCAGUGGGAGGCAUUGCCGGGGCCGCGCCCUCCCAAGCCGCCUCGUCGCCUUGCAGGGCUGCAGCCCGCGCCCCUGACUCUGGUGUUCGGCUGCCGAUGCUCCCAGCUGGAUCACCUGUACCGCGACGAGGUGCAGGACGCCCAGCAGCGCGGAGUGUUUGGCUGCGUCCUCACCGCCUUCUCCAGGGAACCCGACAGCCCCAAGACCUACGUGCAGGACAUCCUGAGGACCGAGCUGGCGUCUGAGGUGCACCGCGUGCUGUGCCUCGAACGCGGCCACAUGUAUGUCUGCGGAGAUGUCACCAUGGCAACCAGCGUCCUGCAGACGGUGCAGCGAAUCCUGGCCACCGAGGGCGACAUGGAGCUGGACGAGGCCGGUGACGUCAUCGGCGUGCUGCGGGAUCAGCAACGCUACCACGAGGACAUUUUCGGGCUCACGCUGCGCACCCAGGAGGUGACAAGCCGCAUACGCACCCAGAGUUUCUCCUUGCAGGAGCGGCAGCUGCGGGGCGCGGUGCCCUGGGCGUUCGACCUACCCGGCUCCGACACCCCCGGCCCCUGAGAGCCCCCCCGGCUCUCCACACUGGUUCCCAGAGAGAGCAGGGCCGGCCAGCGCCCUCCCCUCCCGAGUGCCUUCCCACGUGUGCGGGGGCAGCUGCUCAGCUUUCUUCCCCCAGGAAUGGGCCAAAUGCGCUCGCUCGCUCCCUCUCGCCCCUGGCCUGGGCAUCCCUAAUCCUGGUAGGCCCCUCCCAGCAGCUGUAUGCCAGGGCCUACUACUACCCAUUAGGUGAAGUUUAGCUUCCCCUUCGUUUCUCGGGAGUGUCUUACCCUCAAAGCCUAAUCUCUAAAUCAUUCAGAUAUUUAUUAUUGUUGAAGAUUUACGGGAAGAGACUGUGCCAGGUGUUAUGACAGCCACUGACGCCUAACCCCAGCCCCGGUGAAUUACAAUUGUAAAAUCACAA